AUGAGUACCACGAACGAGCCAGCGGAACCCAUCCCCGAUGGAAUUCUAGCCACAGCGAAGCAAGCAUGGGGCGAUCUGUUCAAGUGGAAGCAACGGGUCGUGGUGACCAAUGAGUACGGGGAGACUCGCACCGAAUGGCAAGAGCCCGAUCCCAUCAGGAACCCGAUCAGCCUGUUUGCUCAGCUCAGUGCCCGGGACUGGGUGUUCUUCCUGGUUGGCCUGACAGCCUGGACGGCAGAUGCGUUUGACUUCCAUGCACUGUCCAUCCAGCAAGUGAAGCUGGCCAAGUAUUACCACCGCACAAAAACCGAAAUUUCCACGGCAAUUACCCUGACGCUUCUUCUGCGAAGCGUUGGUGCCGCUUUCUUCGGUCUGGCGGGUGACAAGUUCGGCCGUAAAUGGCCCAUGGUGUUAAACAUGAUUGUCUUGGGUGUGCUACAGAUUGCGACCAUCUACAGUCACACGUUCCAGCAAUUCCUGGCUGUACGGAGUCUAUUUGGCCUGUUCAUGGGCGGUGUCUAUGGUAACGCCAUUGCCAUGGCGCUGGAGCAUUGCCCUGUCAAUGCUCGUGGGCUUAUGUCCGGCAUUCUGCAACAGGGGUAUUCCCUGGGUUAUGUCCUCGCUGCCUGUGCUAACCUCGGAGUUGGUGGAGCCACCGAAAGCUGGAAGACAGUAUUCUGGGCUGCUGCUGGCAUCUCGAUCGGGGUGGGCAUCAUCCGCAUCUUCUUCCCGGAGUCGAAGCAGUUCCUCGAGGCCAAGAAGGCCGGCAAGAAGUCCAUGAGCGCCGGGGCCUUCUGGAAAGAAACCAGAGAGAUGCUGGCGCAGGAGUGGAAGAUGUGCGUGUAUGCCAUCAUUCUCAUGACCUGGUUCAACUACUACUCCCACACCUCGCAAGACUCCUACACCACAUUCAUGUUGACACAGAAGGGAAUGGAAAAUGCCGGUGCCUCCCGCGCAUCCAUCCUCAUGAAGACCGGCGCCUGCGUCGGGGGUACGAUCAUCGGAUACCUGUCCCAGUUCUUCGGCCGCCGACGCGCCAUUAUCGUUUCAGCUUUGAUCUCGGGCUUUUUGAUCCCGGCCUGGAUCCUGCCAGAGGGUGAACGCGCGUUGAGCGCCACGGGAUUCUUCAUGCAAUUUUUCGUCCAGGGCGCCUGGGGUGUCAUCCCAAUUCAUUUGAAUGAGCUCUCCCCACCGGCCUUCCGGUCCUCGUUCCCUGGAAUCACCUACCAAGUGGGCAACAUGAUCUCGUCCCCCUCCGCCCAGAUCGUCAACGCCGUCGCCGAAAAGACCUUUAUCAUUGGCUCCACCGGUAAACCGGCCCCCGCGUAUGGACCAACCAUGGGUGUCGCCACGGCCAUUAUCGCGACUGGAAUCAUGGUCACGACCGCGUUUGGGCCGGAGAAGCGUGGACGCAGAUUUGAGACUGCGGUCGCGGGUGUGGAGGAGUCUGCAUCGCAGAAGGUCCUCGAUGUGGAGAAGGCUGAGGUGGUGGAACAAAAGCCUACUACGGAGAAGGUCGAGCAGGUAGAGAAGGUGGAGAAGAUGUAA